AUGUUUCAAGACCGUCGCCUAGCGGAGCAUAUCAACCAUCAGGGUCGUAUGCAGUUCGACAAGAAGUCGGCAUCCCGUGGUCCAACCACCAUCUCCGAGUAUGCGAAGCAAAUUGCUCGAGAUGAUCCAAAAACUUGGCCUGGCUACCUACACGCAUACAAUCAGGAGCUUACCAAUCCCGAAGGUUUCCUUCUCAGUCGUGCUCGCAACGAAGAGCAUACUAUGUCGCUCAUCCCUAUGUCCAAAUGUCCAGAGGCAUCCUUCCUCCUCAUUGGCAAUCGCAAGACAAGUCUAUUCAAGCGCAUGGGGUACUCAGGGGCGAUCCAGUAUCGCCUCAAAUCUAACUACCGCGCUCGUGGCCACGCUGCAGAUUUCAUCCGAGAACCAGUUUUCCAUUCAGCUUAUCGGGAGGGUGCGGUUCUCAAUGCAAAGGACGCCGAAGGCGUCCAGAAAGGCGACAACGACAUCAAUAUCCGACGAGGUAGCAUCCUAAUUGUUACACCAUACCUCUCCCAGAAGAGUGACAUCUGUUUCUUGCCCUCUCGAGUCACCGCAGCCGAGCUUCCUCCAGGACUCGUGGAAGUACGAACAUUCGACAGUUCACUCUCACAUUCAGCGUCUAUUAUCAUCACCGACGUGGUUCGCACUGGCCGUCGUGGGUUUACUGACGAUGCGGAUCGUGUCGCUGUCACGAUUGCGCGUGCAAAGGACACUCCUGGGAACUCCCGCCUGGGAAGUUACGUCCAAUUCCUCAAGGAUCGGGAUGCCUUUUUCACUCUCGGCAAUGCAAAGUCCAGUCCCAAAUGGACCGAGUGA